CAAAAUGAGUUCAUGCCCGACUUUGAAGAUGUAGAUCACUUCGAUGAUAAUGAAGAGGAAGAUGAUGUCGCGGAAUUGAGCGCCAAAGGAAAAGGAAUUCAAAGCAAAAGUAGCGGAUGUAGUAUUGGUAGUAGUAAAAGUGCACUCAAAAAACCAAGGCAAAAGGGACCAAUGGACUUAUAUUUCACUCCCAAUGCAGAGAAGGUAAUUCGAGAUUGAAAGGAUGGAAAAAUGAAACAAACUACAAUCAAUGAAGUUUGUAGGAAAGAGUUGAGAGAAAAAGGGUGUAGGGAAAUAGCUAGAUGGUUUUAUGAUGCAGGAAUACUUUUCAAUGCUGCUAAUUAUGAUAGAGCUUUCAUGUAGCGCUCGAAUCUAUUGGACAAUAUGGUCCUGGUUUUAAGUCACCUUCUAUGUAUGAGUUACGGAUUCCUUUGCUUCAAAAGGAGGUUCAAGAAACGAAGAAUUCAUUGAAUAGGCACAUGGAAGAAUGGGCCAAGACUGGAUGUAGUAUAAUGUGUGAUGGAUGGACGGACAAGCGACAAAGGACCCUUAUAAACUUUCUUGUAAAUUCUCCAAUGGGAACUGUGUUUAUCGAAUCUAUUGAUGCCUCCAAUUACUCAAAAACUGGAGAAGAAAUGUUCAAGUUAUUGGAUAACAUGGUGGAGUGUAUUGGAGAGGCAAAUGUCGUUCAGGUUGUGACUGAUAGUGCAUCGAAUAAUGUGUUGGCUAGUAAGAAAUCUUGUAUAAAGUAUAUUAAUUUUGUUUUUGUAUGUACUUUAAUUUUACGUUAUUACAUGAAAUAUUUCUUUAACUUGAAAUAUGUGUGAAAUCUUAAUAGGGAAAUUAUUGGAGGCAAAACGACCAAAUUUAUAUUGGUCACCUUGUGCAACCCAUUGCAUUGAUUUGAUGCUUGAGGACAUUGGAAAGAUGCCUGAGAUGUAUAGAACAGUGAAAAGGGCAACAACAUUGGGUGGUUUUAUUUAUGCCCGCAUAAGCGUGGUCAACAUGAUGAGGCGUUUUACGGCCCAAAGAGAGUUGCUUAGGCCUGCUGUAACAAGAUUUGCAACGGCCUUUCUUACCCUUCAAUGGUUACAUAAGCAAAAGAGCAACUUUAGAAAGAUGCUCACAUCGGAUGACUGGACCAAAAGUAAAUGAGCAAAGGAACAAGCGGGCAAAAAUGCAGCUAGCAUUGUAUUGAUGCCCACAUUUUGGACUAGCAUUGCUUAUAUUCUUAAAACUUUUGGUCUUCUUGUUUGUGUGCUUCAACUAGUUGAUGGUGAAAAAAGGCCAGCAAUGGGCUAUAUUUACGAGGCUAUGGACAGAGCAAAGGAAGCAAUUGCCAAGUCUUUUAAAGAGAGGGAGGAGAAAUAUAGUGAAGUAUUCAAGAUCAUUGAUAAUAGGUGGCAAUGCCAGCUUCAUCGCCCUUUGCAUGCAGCCGGUCAUUUCUUGAACCCUGAAUUUUUUUAUUCAAAUUUUGAAAUUUACGGAGAUGAGGAGAUUAUGACCGGUUUAUAUCAAGCUUUGCAAAGAUUGGUUUCAAGUGCUCAAGAGCAAGAUAAAAAAUGCGAUCAACUAAGUGUAUAUCGUGAAGCACAUGGUCUUUUCGGAACUAAUAUGGCAAUUCGCCAAAGGAAAACAAAGUCACCGGCUGAAUGGUGGAAAUUGUUUGGAUCAUCAACACCAAACUUGUAAAAAAUUUGCAAUUAGGGUUCUAAGCCUCACUUGUAGUGCUUCCGGUUGUGAGUGAAAUUGGAGUGUAUUUGAACAUGUAAGUUAUCAAUAUUAAAUCAUCUUAUACAAGUAUAAUUAUGGUAUUUCAGUAUUUGAUAGUUUUAAGUUCUUAAUUUAAUAAAGUUGUUCGUUUCUUUUGCAGCUUCAUAGUAAGAAAAGGAAUAGGCUCACGCAAAAACGCUUAAAUGAUUUGGUGUAUGUGAGGUACAAUAGAUCAUUGAGGCGGCGUUAUAAAUUGCGUGACACUGUCGAUCCUAUCUCAAUGAGUGAAAUUGAUGACAGUAAUGAAUGGUUGAUUGGAAAAAUGGAUGAAGACGACAAUAAUGAGAGGGAAGAUGAGGAUGUUUGGGAAAAUGACACAUUGACAUGGAAUAUGGUAGCUAGAGCAGCAGGGGUGGAUCAGCCUACCCAUCAUACUAGAUCACGUAGUUCCACCAAGUAC